GACUGCGGCUCUUGGAGAAAGCGUGAGCAGGGGGCCGCCGCGGUCUCCGCGCCUGUCUGCACCCUGUCGCCUGAGCUGCCUGACAGUGACAAUGGUGUGAGGGGCUGCGUUGCAAUGUGGUCAUGUGAUUUCAGGCUAUGGAUUUCGUGCGUCUUUCUCUGCUCACUGAUUUUCACAUGGUUAUUCUUUCAUUUUGCACUCGAUAAACAGUUUACAUCUUCUGAAGUAAGCCAGAAGAUUGUAUGGCUCACUUAAGGAUGACUGGUUGAAGGCAUCUUGAUUUGGAACCUAUGGAAACAGUGCUGAGUUUUAAAUAGGACAGAUUUUUUUUCUUUCAUUUGAACUUCAUUUAUAACAUAUCAAUAGUGAUGUUUUAGGAUCAAUUCUCCUAUGGUAAUUUCACUAAAUGCCUAUUUAAUGAAUUGAUUUGAUUUCAUACAUCUCUACCACUUACUAGAACUGUCUUUGUACGAACGUCAAACUUUCCUGUUACAUAUGGGUAAGCGUAGAAGCACUUGAUAUAAUUUUUUUUUAUCUUGGUUCAUAGUGUAGAAGUGGUCUGUUGCUUUUCCUAAAACUGCUAUACAUAUUUUUUCUUUAAGAGUGAUCAUUUCAGGUACCCUAUUAUGUACAGUGGUAAAAAGUCAACUCGUUAUGAUAGCAACGACGAUGUAACCAAAAUAAGCAACACUUAAUUGGUCUGAAAGUUAUACAUAUAAGCUUUAUUAUUCCUUCAGUGGAAGUUGUUUAUGCAUUCUGUGCUUUGUUCAGCCAUUAAACAACUGGGUCCGUGAUCUUCUUCAAGGGGCCGUGAAGUCCCUAAAAUUGUAUUUAAACAUUAGAGUGGCUGCAUUUUAAGGGAGAUAGUACAUAGUCAAAUAUCCAAAAUGGACCUGUGUCCUAAUAGAAAAUUAAGAACCAUGGGGUAAAAACACGUAAGCCACACUUUUUCUUAUCAAAACAACAGGCUGUCUACAUACAGCCUGCAGACAUAGGCUAGAAGGAAAAUUCUAGAACAAUUAAAUGGUGUUACAGUAGUUAAAUAUUUCACAUAAAAUAGACCAGAUGUAUGUAUUUUAAUGUAUUAGGAAACAGGUCUGUGAAUGUAUUUAGUAGAAAUUUGUAAUUAACAGAUGGGUACCUUAUAUUUAUAUUUAUAAGAUAUAUUUAUGCUUUAUAUUGUAAGAUCUCUUUCUAUUAUAUGACAGAAAAUAAAAAUUAUAUUUUUGUCUUUGAAAUCCAAUCAAAAUAUAAAGUACUUAUGCUUGGUAUAGUGUCUCAUAGUGUAUGAAAUAUAAAUAGCCCCUUAAAGGUCUUGCUUCUAGAUAUUCAGGUAUUAAAUAACAUGAUGAAAAUAGUUUUCUGUCAUUCGGAGAAUGAGGAAGGAAAUAUAAAAUUAUUUUAUUUAUUUAUGGCAAUACCAAAAACAAAAGUGUGAAAAACUUCACAAUGCUUAGUACUUAUAACUCUUAUAAUUAUGUCUUAUUAAGGGAUCUUUCUUAAGACAUUUUGAAAAGCUAUUUUAAUAUUUCACUACGAACAAGUGAUAAUAUUAAAAUUAAAGUAUAUCUAUUACAAAUACAUCAGUAAAAUAUUUUGUGACCGAAUUUUAAGAAUUUUGUUAUAUUUUUCAAAUGAAAUUGAAAAAAAUUAAAUGUUUAUCUAACAUCACUUUUAUUGACACAUUGAUAUUGCAUAACUUUGAAUUUUUUCAGAAACUAUACAAGGGAAAUUAAAUCCUGCAUUUACAUUUGCUAGCAACUAAUGAGUGUGGACUGAGGAUAAUAUUUCUUGCUUUACAGACAUCCCAGUUACCAGUGUCCUUGAAUUGAUAGUGGCUUCUGUUUGUCAGUCUCAUAUAAGAACUACAGCUCAUCAGGAGGAGAUCGCAGCAGGGUAAGAGACACCAACACCAUGUUCUGCACGAAGCUCAAGGAUCUCAAGAUCACAGGAGAGUGUCCUUUCUCCUUACUGGCACCAGGUCAAGUUCCUAACGAGUCUUCAGAGGAGGCAGCAGGAAGCUCAGAGAGCUGCAAAGCAACCGUGCCCAUCUGUCAAGACAUUCCUGAGAAGAACAUACAAGAAAGUCUUCCUCAAAGAAAAACCAGUCGGAGCCGAGUCUAUCUUCACACUUUGGCAGAGAGUAUUUGCAAACUGAUUUUCCCAGAGUUUGAACGGCUGAACGUUGCACUUCAGAGAACAUUGGCAAAGCACAAAAUAAAAGAAAGCAGGAAAUCUUUGGAAAGAGAAGACUUUGAAAAAACAAUUGCAGAGCAAGCAGUUGCAGCAGGAGUUCCAGUGGAGGUUAUCAAAGAAUCUCUUGGUGAAGAGGUUUUUAAAAUAUGUUACGAGGAAGAUGAAAACAUCCUUGGGGUGGUUGGAGGCACCCUUAAAGAUUUUUUAAACAGCUUCAGUACCCUUCUGAAACAGAGCAGCCAUUGCCAAGAAGCAGGAAAAAGGGGCAGGCUUGAGGACGCCUCCAUUCUAUGCCUGGAUAAGGAGGAUGAUUUUCUACAUGUUUACUACUUCUUCCCUAAGAGAACCACCUCCCUGAUUCUUCCCGGCAUCAUAAAGGCAGCUGCUCACGUAUUAUAUGAAACGGAAGUGGAAGUGUCGUUAAUGCCUCCCUGCUUCCAUAAUGAUUGCAGCGAGUUUGUGAAUCAGCCCUAUUUGUUGUACUCCAUUCACGUGAAAAGCACCAAGCCAUCCCUGUCCCCCAGCAAACCCCAGUCCUCGCUGGUGAUUCCCACAUCGCUGUUCUGCAAGACAUUUCCAUUCCAUUUCAUGUUUGACAAAGAUAUGACAAUUCUGCAAUUUGGCAAUGGCAUCAGAAGGCUGAUGAACAGGAGAGACUUUCAAGGAAAGCCUAAUUUUGAAGAAUACUUUGAAAUUCUGACUCCAAAAAUCAACCAGACGUUUAGCGGGAUCAUGACUAUGUUGAAUAUGCAGUUUGUUGUACGAGUGAGGAGAUGGGACAACUCUGUGAAGAAAUCUUCAAGGGUUAUGGACCUCAAAGGCCAAAUGAUCUACAUUGUUGAAUCCAGUGCAAUCUUGUUUUUGGGGUCACCCUGUGUGGACAGAUUAGAAGAUUUUACAGGACGAGGGCUCUACCUCUCAGACAUCCCAAUUCACAAUGCACUGAGGGAUGUGGUCUUAAUAGGGGAACAAGCCCGAGCUCAAGAUGGCCUGAAGAAGAGGCUGGGGAAGCUGAAGGCUACCCUUGAGCAAGCCCACCAAGCCCUGGAGGAGGAGAAGAAAAAGACAGUAGAUCUUCUGUGCUCCAUAUUUCCCUGUGAGGUUGCUCAGCAGCUGUGGCAAGGGCAAGUUGUGCAAGCCAAGAAGUUCAGUAAUGUCACCAUGCUCUUCUCAGACAUCGUUGGGUUCACUGCCAUCUGCUCCCAGUGCUCACCGCUGCAGGUCAUCACCAUGCUCAAUGCACUGUACACUCGCUUCGACCAGCAGUGUGGAGAGCUGGAUGUCUACAAGGUGGAGACCAUUGGCGAUGCCUAUUGUGUAGCUGGGGGAUUACACAAAGAGAGUGAUACUCAUGCUGUUCAGAUAGCGCUGAUGGCCCUGAAGAUGAUGGAGCUCUCUGAUGAAGUUAUGUCUCCCCAUGGAGAACCUAUCAAGAUGCGAAUUGGACUGCACUCUGGAUCAGUUUUUGCUGGCGUCGUUGGAGUUAAAAUGCCCCGUUACUGUCUUUUUGGAAACAAUGUCACUCUGGCUAACAAAUUUGAGUCCUGCAGUGUACCACGAAAAAUCAAUGUCAGCCCAACAACUUACAGAUUACUCAAAGACUGUCCUGGUUUCGUGUUUACCCCUCGAUCAAGGGAGGAACUUCCACCAAACUUCCCUAGUGAAAUCCCCGGAAUCUGCCAUUUUCUGGAUGCUUACCAACAAGGAACAAACUCAAAACCAUGCUUCCAAAAGAAAGAUGUGGAAGAUGGCAAUGCCAAUUUUUUAGGCAAAGCAUCAGGAAUAGAUUAGCAACCUAUAUACCUAUUUAUAAGUCUUUGGGGUUUGACUCAUUGAAGAUGUGUAGAGCCUCUGAAAGCACUUUAGGGAUUGUAGAUGGCUAACAAGCAGUAUUAAAAUUUCAGGAGCCAAGUCACAAUCUUUCUCCCGUUUAACAUGACAAAAUGUACUCACUUCAGUACUUCAGCUCUUCAAGAAAAAAAAAAAAAACUUAAAAAGCUACUUUUGUGGGAGUAUUUCUAUUAUAUAACCAGCACUUACUACUUGUACUCAAAAUUCAGCACCUUGUACAUAUAUCAGAUAAUUGUAGUCAAUUGUACAAACUGAUGGAGUCACCUGCAAUCUCAUAUCCUGGUGGAAUGCCAUGGUUAUUAAAGUGUGUUUGUGAUAGUGUUGUCGAAAAAAAGGUUUUUGAAUAGAAAUUACAUUCUUUGAUACCCUCAGUUCUUUCAAACUUUCAACUCUGCAUUUUAUUGCAUUUUCUCAUUUAACUGUUAGUAUAUGUUUGAAUAUAGGCUGACUUUUUUUCUCUAUUGCACUUUCUUCUUUUUUUCUUUUUAGAAAAUAAACAAUUAGGGGUUAGAUGCAAUAUGAAUAUAAAAUAGUUCUGUAAAUACCAAAUAUUACUUUUAGUUCUGGAAGUUAAAAAUACUCUCCAUAGUAACGUGUGUUAUAAUAAUAAAUAUUUCUUUUGUUUGACUUUUUUUAAAUUCUACAAUGGUAAAAGCUAUUUUAAUCCAUAUUAGCAAUUUAAUUCCUAUUAAUUCAUUUUACUAUCAUAAUAGCAAAGUAUUCAGAAUAAAAGAGAUUAUAUCUUCUAUUAAAAUGCAGUAAUACUAUUCAAAUCUAAUGUAGCUGGAAGCAACAUGGGAGUAAAGUAAUCAUCCAGGGGACCCACCAUAAAGGACAUUGGUAAAACAUUUACACACGUAAACACACGUGCAGGCACACUUGGAACAAUAUGGACCUACUUCAGCAGACAUCUUCUGUUGCCAUGCUGAGCCAUUUAAAGUUUUAAGAAGAAAAUCUAAGUAUGGAAGUAGAAAAUAAGACUUGUUCUUUUGGUGGAUAUCUCAUUUUUCUUGAGUAUUUGUGCUGAACAUUUUUGUGUAUGUCUAUGAACUAAGAAUCAAGUUUUUGUCUCAUUAAAUAUACAUAUAUGAAGUGUUUUUAUUCUACUUGAAAUAUUUUGAUUUAAAAAAAACGACUGUUAGUAUUGAUGAAGCAAAUGAGGCAGUGACUACAUUAUGGAAAUGUCUAUUUUUUCCGGAACUUCAACUUUUUCUUUUUGUUUUACAUAAACAUUUAAGCGGCUAGGAACUUUUAUUUUUAAUUAGGUCAGUUGAAGUUCUCUGGUGAACUAAAAAAUCUACAUUUUGGUGGGGGAUAAAGAUUUGAUUUUAAAAACAGCUUGAAUUUAAAGCAAGAAAAAGAUGAACAUUAUAGUUUUAAAAUCAAUAUUAGCAGAGCCAUAGAUAGGCUGAGCUCUUAUUUGGGGUUCUGAGAAAUAACUCAGUUUAAAACUUCUUUAACUGCCUCCAUUAGUACCCAGGCUAGCCCAUGGUGACAUCAGGGAUAUUCAUUACUGAUUGGCCUCUAGUAUUCCAAGGGUACUACUAUAGAUAUUACAAUGAUGCUGUUUACUAAGUGAUAACCCAGUAUCUUACAGGACUGACUUUGACUCAAUAAACCACUCACCCUAUUAUUGGAAAGUGCCAUAGGCCUUGAGAAAGUAUAGUUACAUCCUCACAAAUAUAUGAAGUUAAGUCACUACUUACAAGGAAAAAAAAGUGUAAAUACAUUUUUCUUUCUGGAACCGAACUCUUAUUAUGGGGAAAUAAUAGAAAUAAAGAAAAUGUAAAAGCAUGAAAUGGAAUGUAGUCUUGAUCAAACAUUUCAGCAGACCUCAAUUUGCUUACAAUCUGUACUCAAAAAGUUUAUAAUUCAAUCAGAAUUCAAAAAGUAUUUUGUGUGUUUGUGAUGUAUUAGCAUAUACACAAAACAAAUGAGGGGAAUGUAUAUAAUCUUGGUGAAAAGUUGUAUGGGAGUUUUUGUAUGAUUCCUGCAACUUUUCUAUAAACGUGGCAUUAUAUCUAAAUAAAAAAAUUACCAAAAAAUAUAUUUUCACAGUGAAGUUAAAUCAUCUGUGAUAGGUUCCCCAGACCAGCCUACAAAGGCCCAUUAAAUACAGAAUAAUUUGUGGAUCUUAAAGAGGAUGAACAUACAUUUCCAUGACAGAGUCCAUACGAAAUUCACAAUUUAGAUGCUAAAAAAUUUAAGGAAUUUCUUUUUUUCUCUAUCUUAUCUGCUUUGAAGCAUAGCGAUUAGGGAGAAACUUUUCAGAUCCAGACCACUGAUGGUAGCCAGAGUAGAGACCCUGGAGCAUAGAUUCUUAAAAUAAAUAAGGGGCCCAAGUCAGAGCUUUGAGGUAUUGAAGAUGGAAAAAUAGUGGACAAACAGCCUGUAAUCAGGUUGGGGAUUACGGGUACUGAGUUAUGUUGCCAUUUAACUAUUCUAAAAAAUAAGACUGGGUCUCAAGACUGCUUCCCUAACAGACUGUUUCUCCUGAAAAUGCAGGGGCUGUUCUUUCUGUUCUGGUUAUAUAGUUUCCAUUCAUGGCUUCUUGUCCUGUUGUUUUUUGUGUCGAGUACACUAUAUAAAUUAGCUCCUUGUACAUAUUUCUCAGGCAAGCACAGAGUUAUACUGAACUUUUCUAAAGAUGCUUUGCAUCGAGAAGCAAAGGGAAAUACAGAAUUAAAAUGUUUCUUUCCAUUUUGCUUUGUUUUUCUAUAUCUAUCUAGACUUUGUAGGAAAAUGCAAAGCGUAUAUUUAAGAAAACCUAAAUAAGAAUAGAUUCAUUUACUAAUUUUCAUUUAUUCAUUCAUGAAGAAUUUAUUGAAUGCCUACUAUGUGCCAGGAAUAUUGCUAUAUUUUUGAAAUUUAAGGAUAAAAUAUGGCCCUAUCUAUCAAGAAAGGAAAGUGAAAGACAAAUGUAAGACAUAAUUACAACAUUCUGUGGGAGCACAAAGUAGGGGACUCAGUUCUUAGAGAAGUCUUUUGGUCUUAGAGUUCAUCAAGCAGAGAAAGGGAAGGACAUGGUCCAGGAAAAUAAAUCAGCACACAAAGAUAUGGGGUCUUGAGGGUGCAUAGUACAUUCUGGACAGCCAGUUACCUGGGAUGAGUUGGGAGGGAGGAGAAUAAGGACAAAAGACCAUCUGGGCAAAAAUCACAAAGGGGUAUGUGUGUCAUGUAAAGGUGUGCCAUGAUAGUUAUUCAUAUUGCUAUUGUAAUAUUAAUAUACAGUAAUUAACUACACAUGACACAGCUUUACAUGACCUUAAAUAGUUAUCAACAUUACCAUAAUAGUAAUAUUAAUAACUACAAUAAGAGCCAUUAUUAUUCACUUGAGGCACUUGUUCAAAAUAGAUUUUACAAAAGAAAAAAAAAAGAAGCAACAUGAGUAAAAUUAGAUCCAUUGGCUACUGACUCCCUCUCCAACAGUUUUAAAGCUACUAGAUAAGAGAAGCAUCAAGUCUUAAAGGAAGAGAAUGGUAUGAUCAGAUGUGUGUUUUCCAAAGACUAUUAGAAACAGCAUGGUUAAGGAUAGGGUGGAUAUUUACUUGCACACGUGACUGAAUGAACAUCUGUUUAUACAUCAAGGGAAAAUGAUUCAUUUUAUAUCCUGGAUAUUUUACCAUAAGUAUGAGCAUAAAGCUGGGAUGUCUGGCAUUGGAAUUUUAUGUCACUCUCAAGGCUAAUUAGUCUUUCAGAUCCUUUGGUAGGGAGGAAAGAAGAGUUGCUUCAGCAUUUUGACUAACCUUUCUUCCAAAUUUCUUCUCCCUGAUAUUUCCAGCCACGCCAAGGCAAAGACUUCCCAGCUCUGUCCCAGGUUAGGUUAAAAGAAGGCAUACGAUGGAAGAGGGUGGUCUGUGGUAGGCCUAGCAAAUGAAAGAGAUGAAUAAACAAGAGUGUCUAGUCUAACUAGUGCCUGAGGAACAGACAUCAGUCCUCUGAGAUUACCCAGCUGGAAAACUGCCCAGAUGGAGCUUUACAUGCAAAGCUCCAAUGAAGUCUAGUGCUGUAUAAUGCUUUAAAUCCACCAUCAAGCCCUUGUUGAUGCAAAUGUUAUUAGCCCAAAGCAGAAUGGGUUAAUGAAUUACUGCAGUGGUUUUAGGUGCAUGGGUUUGACCCACAUAAAUCAUUUUAAUAAGUAAAAUUGAAUCUUUGGUACAUAUUUGUUGAGGAGCUUGUCAGAUCACUACCUUUCACUGAACAGUAAAACAUGGAUCGUUUACUUCACCUCGUUUUGCACUUCAAUGCAAUUUCACUCUUUAGGUGGUUGUACUUGGACAGUUAAAUGAAGACGGUCUUUAAGGGUGCAGGGAUGGAGAACACAGCGUAUAUGAGAGGUGGGAGGGCAGAGACGCCUUGCGAUUCCUGUGAGGAGGGACUUACCAUCUCCUCCAAAACAAAAAUUCAGUGCUGCAGAGACGGUAGCAAAGUGCAGUUCUCUUGUUAAAACACAGGCUAAAAGCAGUGACUGCUUAACUUAUUAAGCAGAGAAAACCAAAAUGUCAUUUUCAACCAAAAUUGAGUGUUAGAGUUUAUGGUCUCUGUUAUGAUACCUUUCAAGACCUGGGAAAUAUUUGUAUCCUUUAGUGAAAAGGGGAAGAAUCAAUUACUGAAAGCCAUAAGCUUACAGUAACGGAGCCAAUUAAUCCUUUGUCAUCUUUGUUGAGUUUAGUUUUCUUCUGUUCUUAGCAUGUCAGCUAGUAGAUCUUUGAUGAACUGUUGCUCCUCUUUAAAUGUUUCUCUUAUUAUAUUGAUGAUGUGCACUCAUUCAGUAUUCUUAUUUUAAGCUGCAGUAAUCACUGUACAUUUGAUUGCCAUCUGUACUUCCCUUGAAGCAGCUUUGCUUAUUACAGCCACACCUGCAUCUGUUUUGACUAGCCCAUAUAACCUACACAUUUUUCAUCCAAAGCUAUCCCAUUACUUUAUUUAUGUCCAUUUAUUUUCAUAUAUAGUAUCUGCCAAAAUAGUAGCAAAAGUUUUAUCAAUGUGUACAUUUCAAUCAGAAAAACCUAAGCAAAAGGAAAAAAAGGUGAUAUUCUAAAAGCCACACUUAUUUUAUCACCAGUGCAGUUUUUUCCAUCAUCAUAAACUUAGUUUUAUGAAAAUGUUAAUAUCUUGGAUUUAAACAUUGUGGUAGAAAUCAGGACAAAAUUUAAAUGGAAUAUCCAGGACUUAAUCUCAGAUAUUCUGGUAGAAGAUAUUUAGAUAAGGUUGUGGCUGCCUGUAAAGUUUUUUAAUUUUUUAAAUUAUAUAAUGUCAGAAAAUUAAAUCACAAAUGAGCCUUCCAGAUUGUGAGGAAAAUUACUUGGCUGAAAAUGACUUUGCAUAAUGCCCAAAUCUUGAAGUAUCUGCUCAGAUGUUUGUUCCAUCUGAAAUGCUGCCAAAUCCAUCUGUAUUGAGGAAAGAGCUAUGAGGUAGUUUCAGAGAAAGUGAAAACAAAACAAAGCAAAACAAAAAUGCUAUUACAGAAGUUGGACAGCCCAAUGUGUUAAGUAUUAUACACCUGGAACAAGAGCAGCAAAACUGAAGCUCUUUGGAAAGUUAUGGCAACAGUGGUCUGGGAAUUCUGGGCCUUUAGAAAUAAUCAUUCCCAGUGAUACAGGGGUGUGCAGCAUCCAGACACUGCUUAAUCACAGUGAGCUGCCGUCUUCCCUGAAUAAGUUGUAUCUUAUAACAUUGAAGUGAAUGAAAAUGUAUUAGUAUUUGAGAAUUUAUUAUUCCUUCACCUCCUUGCACAUGUAAAUUAAAGAUGUUUUGGAAAAUAUGAGAACUUGAUGUUCACUGCCCUAGAGCACUAUUCUCCAACCUUUUAGAUUCCUGCAAUCUGUUAAUAAAAUAUUGUAGGACAACAACUCCAUAGACUGAUACACGCUGCUCUCAAUCCAUAUACUACAUAUUAGGACAGCUUUUGUUUUCUAAAUGAGCAUGAAUAUAAAUAGAAAUUCUAGUAUUUUCUUCACCUACCCCAGUGAAUCAUCUUUAUAUUUUACUUGGGAAACUGCUACAGUUGGCUAGUGGGUCUUCACUUUUAUUGCUUUGAGAAAUGGAUAAAAGACAUAGACUAUCACCCCUCCAAAAAUGUGCAUAUGGCCCCAUACAAGACACAUGUACUGCCAGAGCUUGGGGAACUCCCUAGAAUCUACUCCUAGACCACCCUAGUGAAGUACCAUAGACCAUAUUGUCUAGAUGGGACAAAAUAAUAAAUUUUGACUAAGAACUUACUGUUUAGAGAGAAAAAAUAGUAAAUAAUGUUCAAAAUGAGAAGACAAUAAAUAACUGACAAGUCUGUGAUUUUUGGGUUAGAUGAGACCACUUUUGAUUUUUGAGGAAUAAAAGGAGUUAGUUUUUUGGUCCUGAUGUGUAAAAUGAUUCAUGGGGUUUCACAUACAGACAAGUAGUUUUCUUUUCAGCAAAUAUUUAACUUAUCUGUCAAUAUAUUUUUCACCAGUUUUUGGUAAAUAUGCAUUGCUAUAGGUAUAACAAGUUUUUUUUGUUAUGUUUAGUAACUAAUUUCAUUUUUUCUGUAUAUGUAAAUAUAGCUAUUGGACCCUGCAUUGAAAACCUUCUUAGUACUAACAACACUCCUUUUAUUAUUACCUUCAUAGUUACUUUAAAUGACAUAUUUAUUUCGAGUUUUACUUCUGGCUGAGUUGCAAAGUCUAUGAGAAUGUUACCUCCUGUCUCAGAAGCUUGUUAGUUAUUGUGCCACCUAAAUAUUGUAAUAAAAGUGUUUAAAUAAAAAUCUUCUUAAAAUUUAAAA